UUGUUUUUUUCUGCUAUUAUUGUUGUUUUUUCUUAAUUGUGUGGAGAAUUAAAAAUUCUUUUUUUUGGAUUAUUUCUGUUUUAUUGAAAGAAAAUUAAUAUAAAAACAAAAAUUAAAAAUAUUUUUUGCAAAUAACAAAAAAAAACCUAAAGUAGAGAUGUGGCAACGUUGUUAGUUAACGUGUUUUAGAGUUACCGUAUUGGUUAUAAUUGUUAACUUUUCAAUUAGAGAAAAUUUAAUUAAAAUUUUAAGUGCCAAAUAAUUUUUUUUUUCAUUGUAAAAAUUGAAAAAAAUUAUUGUAAAUUAUUUGCACUUUCAUUUUGCAUAACACUUUUGCUACGAGUGUGUUUUGUGUGGUGUAUUUUUGCAGUACAAAUAAAAAAAAAUGUUUAAAUGUGUAGGAGGGCAGCAGAAAAAGUAACUUAAAGUAGUUUAUUUAGUGUCCAACAACACUCAACCAUCUGGCAGCACCCUAUUUACCAAAUGAAAUCGAUAAUGUGUACAAAAGACAAACGAUAGAAAGAGAUAACAGCACACAACAUACGCACAAAUGAAAAAGCAAACAGAAAGAGAAAAAACUGGCGCGAACUGAACGAAGAAAACGAGCAAGAAAAAAAAACACAACGAAAAUGGCGAUACCGACAAACAACGAAGAACUACGAAUAGAAUGACGAAGUGAAAAAAAUCCAUUUUCUAAUAAUUAUUCGAAAUUACGCUUUGCCAGUGAAAUUCCUUCAUGUCUGUGUCAAGUAUAAAUUGAAUAAAAAUAAAAAAUCAAAGAAAAAUAAUUAAAAACCAACAAAAAAAGAAAAUUACAAUUGAAAAGUAAUUGUGGAAAAACAAAUAAUUGCAAAAACUAUAAUUGUAGCAACAAUUUUUACAAAACAACAAAAAAGUUGUGUUUGAAAAAAACAGUGUGUUGUACAAAAAAAAAAAAAAGAUUUUUGGAAAAAAGCAAAAAAAGAAGACAUAAUUAAAAAAGUAUAUACAAGACCUUGAGUGGAAAAAAAAAAUUUAAAGAAAAAAAUCUACAAACAGAAAACUACAAAAAAGGAGUGUGUAAUAAAUAACAAAAUUACUGAAAAACAAAAUUUAUAAAAAAAACAACGAAAAUUAAAGAAAAAAAUUAAAUUUUAUUAAAAUAAAAACAGUGAAGUGAUUGUUACUUUAACAAAUAAAGUAUAAAAAACCAAACACAAAUUCGCUGUGCGAAAAAAAUUUUAACAAAAAAUUUAAGCAAAAACAACAAAAAAAAAGUGUAAAAUACUAAAAUAAAUGAAUUCCUCUUAUUAUUUAAUAGUAUUUUAUCUAAUGUGACGUCAAAUAUAAGCAGCAGCAACAAUUUAAAUUGAACAAAUUAUUCAACUAAAUAAAAAAAAAAACAUACUGUGCACCUUAAUAUUUAUUCCCUCUCUUUUUGUGGUGUUGUUGUUUUAAUUUUCUUAAAAGAAAAUAAAACGACCAGAACAAACACAUCAAAUAACAAAAAAAAAAAAAAAUAAAAGAAAUAUUUGAUUUAAAUGCUAUUUUCCUUUUUGGCAAAUUAUGCAAAAAUCAUUACAUUUAUAUGCAACAAAUACAACAAUAAAAACAACUUGUACAACAACUAUUACAGGCAAUAUUGCUAAAUUAUUUUUAACUUAAAAAUUUGUGGUAAAAAAAGUAAAAUCUUCAAAAAAAUAUUCGAAAAUAUAACUAACAGCUUUCAUUAGCAAAGGAAUUUCACCUAAUACCGCUUUUAUGCCCCCAAAAAAGCUACAAAAGCUUAAAGAAAUCCAUAAAAUCUAAACAUAUAAAUUGGAUUUAUAUAUUAAAUUUACUCGCCAAAAGGUUAAUUACAACCAAAAGUACGCAAAAAUCCACCAAAAUACAACAAUUAAAAUUCAACUCAACAAAAUAAAAAGAAAAAUCACGGCUACAAAAUGGCUCAACGAAGUCAUCAAUAUUUUAGUUUGCGAUGGAAUAACUAUCAAAACACCAUGACUUCGGUGUUUCAGCAAUUGCGUGAAGAUUUAUCAUUUGUUGAUGUAACCCUAUCAUGUGAACAUGGUUCUCUUAAGGCCCACAAGGUGGUGCUUUCAGCCUGUUCAUCAUAUUUUCAAAAAUUAUUAUUGGAGAAUCCCUGCAAACAUCCAACCAUAAUAUUGCCAGGCGAUAUUAUAUUUACAGAUUUAAAAACCAUCAUUGAUUUUGUUUAUCGUGGUGAAAUUGAUGUAACCGAAUCAGAACUACAGGGUCUUCUACGCACCGCUGAACAGUUAAAAAUUAAAGGUCUUUGUGAGACAGCAGAAAAUGCCGAUGAUCUGAACGAUACGGCCACAGCAACAAUAACAGUAUCUGAGAAUAUACAGCAAGCUGUCGUUGGUAAUAUUGUCAAUGCUACAGUAGUACCAGGUCCGCAAUCACCACCUAUACCCCACCAACAACAUCAGCAGCCACAACAGCAAACGUCACAGCAGCAGCAGCAACAACAGCAGCAACAGCAUCAACACCAGCAACAACAAUUAACCACAACCGCCGUUUUAAGUCCGGGAAGUGCUCAACAGUUAGCCGCCACAGGACAAUUGGUAACAUCAACACCUGCCACAACACCCCAGCAGCAGCAACAGCAGCAGCAACAACAACGAAAAUCCCGCGUACGCAAACGUUCAAAAUCCCCCGAUUUACAAUUGCAACAGCAGCAACAACACCAUCAACAGCAACAAAAUCAACAGCAUCCACAGGCAAUAUUAAUACAAAAUCAAAAUCAGGCUGCUAUUGUCAGUCUACAACAGACAUCGGCUGGUAAUUAUAUACCCGUGUCGGGAGUACAAACGGUAACCACCAGUGUAGCGGGUGGUCCACAGCAGCAACAACAACAGACCACCAUUGUAACAGCGGACGAUUCUGAUUCGGAUAAACCGUCGCUGCAAAAGAUUUGUAAAACUGAAGCAUCAUCCGCUUCACCGGCGUCCACUUCAUCGGCAUCGGCAUCAAAUAAUGCUGGUGGCGUAACUGCGGUCACAGCAUCGGGCACAGCGAUCGUAACACAAAUUGUAGUAGCAAGAGACGGAAAAGAUAAAAAUAUGACUAGUUUAGGCAUGGGAAUGAAUGGUGGCAUUCUAGGAGUCCCUAUGGGCUUUUUAGAUUUUGCCCCCGAACCACCGGCACCAUCGGCAACACCAGUUACGGUUACAGAACACGUUGAUUUAUCCUGUAACCCCAGUACGGAUACCAGAGAUUUAUCAAAUCCCUCAGAACCGCUCGAUAUCGACAAUCAUUUGGCUCAACACAUGAUACAACGGCUCGAUCAAUCUCCCAUGCACACGAUUCACCAUCAGACCGGUGAAGAAUCAAAUUCGAAUCUGGUACAGCAUAUAAAGAGUGAAGUAAUCGAUGCCAAACAACAGCAGCAGCAGCAACAACAGCAGCAACAACAAGCUGCUGCUGUAGCCGCCGCUCAUCAUCAAGCUCAACAGCAGCAGUUGCAUGCACAACAAUUAGCAGCAGCGCAAGGACAAACACAUCAGCAGCAACAACAGCAGGCAGCCCACCAACAGCAGCAACAACAGCAGCAGGCACAUCAACAACAUCACCAGCAGCAACAGGCCCACCAGCAGCAUCAUCAGGAAAUAACCGGAGCCACCGUUAUGGAGAUUGAUCCGAGCCAAAUAAAACAUGAGCCGGGCAUGAUAAUAACACCGGAAAUUGUAAAUAUGAUGACGACAGGGCAUAUGGUCCUUCCAGACAUGUACAAUUCCGAUACGAGCGAUGAUUCAAUGAUGAUUGCCAACGGUUCACCACAUGAUCAAAAUGAACCCCAUUACACGAAUUUAGAUCAACAGCAUGGCGAUAUGAAAGGUCAGUUUAAUGGUCCCAAAACUUGGACACAAGAUGAUAUGAAUUCAGCUUUAGAUGCACUGAAGAAUCAAAACAUGAGCCUGACGAAAGCAUCCGUUACCUAUGGCAUCCCCUCAACCACCCUCUGGCAAAGGGCCCACCGCAUGGGCAUUGAAACACCGAAGAAGGAAGGAGGUACAAAAUCAUGGAACGAAGACUCACUCAACAAUGCACUGGAGGCUUUGCGUUCGGGACAAAUAUCGGCGAAUAAAGCAUCGAAAGCCUUUGGUAUACCUUCGUCAACGUUGUAUAAAAUAGCACGACGUGAAGGUAUACGAUUGGCAGCGCCGUUUAAUGCCGCCCCCACCACCUGGACGCCGGAAGAUUUGGAACGGGCCUUGGAGGCAAUACGUGCUGGGCAUACAUCGGUACAGAAGGCAAGUGCAGAAUUUGGUAUACCCACAGGCACAUUAUAUGGUCGUUGUAAACGUGAGGGCAUCGAAUUAUCCCGUUCAAAUCCUACACCCUGGUCUGAAGAUGCUAUGAAUGAAGCUUUAAAUUCUGUGCGCAUUGGCCAAAUGUCUAUAAAUCAAGCUGCUAUCCAUUAUAAUUUACCCUAUAGUUCUUUAUAUGGUCGCUUUAAGCGCGGUAAAUACGAUGUGGCCAAUACAAGUGGUACUUCCAUCAAUAAUACAUCGGGCAAUACCUCUGGUAGUAUUGAAAUUAUUGAACAUAGUCAAGAGAAUUCGUUGCCUAUGUUUCAGCAACAAUUCCAAUAUAGUCCAUCGCCGCAUCAGCAACAGCACGGUGGCAGUAGUACACCGCAGCAAAGUCAAACGCCACAGCAUCUACAGCAACAUGUUGUGCACAUACAGCAACAGCAUCAUCAGCAACAGACUCAACAUGCCCAACAUAUCCAACAGCAAGAUGUUGUAACAUCGUCAAGUCAACAACAGCAGCAACAACAACAAGUCCAACAGCAACAACAUGCCAGCAAUUCGGCAGCCUCCCAACAGCAACAACAACAACAGCAGCAACAACAAAUUCAACAGAUUUAUCAUCAUCACAGUACACCCGAGAGAAGUUGAGAAUCACUGCAAAUUGUAUCAGCCGCCUCUACUGUUGCUGUCGCAGCAGUAGCAGCAGCCGCAGCAGCAAAUCUUAGUGGCGGUUUAAGUCACAAUACAACAACAACACAUCAUCAACAUCAGCAUCAUCAUAGCGUAACAACAAUUGCUGCCAGCAAUAGCGGCAACAAACGUAAGAAAACCUCGAAAACAAAACGUUGAAUAAACUAAAAUUAGAUAAAAGAAAAACAACAACAGUGUCCAAAAAAACAAGGGAAAAAGAAAGGAAGAAUGGAACAGAGAGAGAGAGUUGAGGAAAUAUGUUUUUGUUGUCCACUUUUAAUUGCAGCAACUAACACUCUCUAGUAAAAAGUGUCAAGAGUUUUUUUUUUCUAGUUUAUUUUAAGUGCGAAAUAGAAAACCGAUAAAAAUGUUGAUUGAUCGAUUACCGAACGAAUGUGGUUGAGGAUGGAUGAAUGUACUACAAAAGCAAAAGAAAGGAUGGCUGUUUUGUUAUUGUUCUGUUGGAUGGGUGAAUUUAUUAUUAUUUUUAUUAUUAUUAUUUUUUUUUUCUCUUAAGGUGUAAGUUUAUCCUCCUUAUUUCUAAUUUUUAUUAAAUUUAUUAUUACAAAAAA